AUGACCUGGCUGACCAACUUGACGGGCUUUGCUGCCCCCUUCUUCAUCGUCAUGUCGCCAGUCAUCUCGUACGGCGACCAGAUUCUUGCCAUGCACCGGAAUAAAUCGAGUGCUGGCUUCUCUCUGGACAUCCCCCUGAUCAUGUUGGUGGCUUCCCUCUUCAGGAUCUUUUACUGGCCGGGCUCUCGAUUCGAUGCCAGUCUGCUGGUGCAGUCGUUCCUCAUGGUCGUGGUGCAACUCAUUUUGCUCAAGACCGCCCUGGAACACAGGCCUCUGCCCGCGACCAAGGGCGGCGAGGGCAGCAUGCCGUUCUCCGGUCUCGAACGAGGCGGGCCGCUCGACAUUCGACGCCCGUACAACUUUUGGCAGUGGCGGUCGCACAAGCCAUACUGGCACUUCCUCCUCUACCUCCUCGGCGCCCUCAUCGCCUGCGAAGUCCUCUUCCGACCCGUGGAGCCAGUCUACGACGCGUACUCGGUGCUCAUCGGAUACCUCGGCCUCUCCAUCGAGGCGACGCUGCCCAUCCCGCAGCUGAUCGCCAAUGCGCAAUCACAAUCAUCCAAGGGCUUCCGACUGUCCGUCCUGGCGAGCUGGAUUGGCGGCGACGCCAUGAAGGUCUUCUGGUUCUUUACGUCCACGAGCGCGAUCCCGCUGGCCUUCAAGGUCUGCGGCUGUUUCCAGGCAGCCUGCGAUUGUCUCCUGGGUGUUCAGUAUUUCAUGUAUGGCGCCGGCGACAACGAAGCCAUUUUGAAGGAGCACGCCAUGGAAGAGGCUCACUGGGCGCGUGGCCACCGGGCUUCUCGUUCCCACACGCCAAGCCUGUCGGGCGGCACAAAGCGAGGGCCCAUGUUCAGCGACACCGAGGCGGAAUAG